AUGGGAAGAAUUUGCAUAAUAACUGAAGGAAUACAUAGUCAUAAUCUUUUUAACAAGUUGAUUUUGACUUUAGUGUCAGAAUCGGGAACGUCGUAUGCACUUUAUGAUUUACCAUCAUUUUUGCGUUUCGAUUGGAUCAAUAACGAAAAAUGGUCAGAUCAAAGUGGGAAGGAUCCGUUUGGUGAUUACCGUUUCGUUUAUUUUGGUGUUAAGAACUCAUGGACAAUAUUCCACAGCGAUGUAAUGAGUUCGUACAGUUGGUCUGCAAAUAUAUGUGGUCGUAAAUUGUGGUACUUUGUGCCACCAGGCCAGGAGGAGCUGUUCAGAAAGGAUCGAGACGGAUUCUUCGAAGACAUUCGAGUCGACGAAACUAAAUUCGUGCAAGCGAACGUUAUUCAGUUCAUUCAGUUGCCCGGUGAAAUUGUUUUUGUGCCAUCAAAUUGGUAUCAUCAAGUGCAUAAUUUGGAAGAUGCUAUUUCAAUAAACCAUAACUUUAUAAAUGCAUCGAAUGUGGAUAUUGUGCUGGCGUUGAUCUGCAAUCGUUUGGUGGACGUACGAAAUGAGAUCGACGAUGUGAAAGAUGUUUUUAGCAAAGAGGAAUUUAAUGAACAAUGUCAAAAAAUUCUCAAGGCGGACAUCCGUAUCAAUUUUGAAAUGCUCAAAAGCCUGGUUGAUUCGGUCAUCGAAGAACGUUUGAGUAAUGUCAGUCGUUGCUGGAUAUGUGCAAAGCAUCGAGAUAACCUAUUUGAAUGUAAAAAAGAUGAUGAGUGUUUGCAGUUCAUCAUAGAUUAUGUUAAAAAUAGAUGUUGUUGUUCUGAUGACGAAAAUAAUAACGGCGAUGAUAUUUGUCAAAAUUGCCGUCAAUUCAUGAAUGAAUACGAGAUAAGUUGUGCCUUAAGAUGCUCCUAUUUGAUUGAUUUGUAUAGUAAAUGUUAA